GUACACGUUGGAGACGUGUGUUUAUCAUUGACUUCAAAAAUCAACCAUUUUUAAUUCAAUAUCUCAACAACAGGAAAACGGAGAAGACGAAAGUAUAUGCAGUUUAGGUCCACCAACUGGUUGUUAGCUUCACAAUAUCCAUUUUUCAAGCAAUUGUCUUUAGCUACUAAACAAACACCUCAAUUCAAGCAAACCCCAUUUCAAUUUGGACCUUCUUCUUCUUCUUAUUAUUAUUAUUAUUCUUCACCCUAAUCUCAUCCGAAUCAUUUAAAAUCUUCAACUUUGUCCGCACGUGAAAACCACGGGCAUCAUAUCACCUUCUAAAGUAAUCAUUUUUGAAGAUCUUUUUGAUAGUGAUUGGGUUUUAAAGGAAUCAAGAUGGCUACUUAUUAUCCUCCUUCAAACAAUCAUCAAAGAGAUGUGUUUCAAAGCUCAUACGAUUCAUAUCAAGAAUCACCAUGUCCACCUGUAGAUAUGAUGUAUCAAAACCAAACAUCCACUGACAACUCUUUCUUACAACUUUUAUCUGGAAACAUGCAACCGAAUCCUCAAAUCCUUUCACAAGUCAAAGAUCAUAACACUUCAGAUGAUGAAAGAAACUUACAGUAUCAAGAAUUAUCACUCAGCUUAGGAAUGCAAAUCCCUUCUUCCUCCAUGGAUUUACCUUCCUUUCAAUACAAUUACUUGAACACCCAUCUUCAAGAUCCUCAUGAUCAUGGCUCUCAUGGUUCUCAAACCCAUAAAGUAGAAAAUGUUGACUAUUUGUCCUUUGACUUGGUUGGAAAAAACGGUCAAUGUUCUGUUUCUGAUACAUAUGAUGUUUCAUAUGGACUUGUAAGUGGUAGAAUCUUGGAUUCAAAAUAUCUAAAACCAUCACAGGAAUUGCUUGAAGAAGUAGCAAAUCUUCGUGAAGCUUUAAGACAGCUAAAGAUUAACAAACUUAGCAAUCUACAUACCCUUCGUGUAGACGAUAAAAAAAAUUCCAAAUUUACCCCUCACGAAUCCACUACUACUUCCUCCGGUGAACUCUCGGCUUCUGAGAAACAAGAUCUUCAAAAUAAGGUCACGAGAUUGUUUUCUUUCUUAGACGAGGUGGAUAGGAAAUACAGAGAGUAUUGCCAACAAUUGCAAAUUGUUGAAGCAGCAUUGGAUGUGGUGUCUGGGUGUGGGGCUGCAAGGACAUACACAACACUUGCACAUCGAACAAUUUCUUGCCAUUUUCGGUGCUUACGUGAUGCCAUUAAUGGACAAAUUCAAGUGACACGUCAGCGGUUAGGAGAACAAGAUGAUUCGGUGGACAGAGUGUUGCCACGUUUAAGGAACGUGGAAAAGCAACUCAGGCAACAGAGAACACUUCAGCAGCUUGGUGUGACUCGUCAUUCUUGGAGGCCACAAAGAGGGCUUCCGGAAGGAUCUGUCUCGAUUCUUCGCGCUUGGCUGUUUGAACAUUUUCUUAACCCUUACCCAAAAGAUUCGGAGAAAAUCAUGCUAGCAAAACAAACUGGACUCACUCGAAGCCAGAUUGCAAAUUGGUUCAUCAAUGCACGUGUACGUCUCUGGAAACCCAUGAUUGAAGAUAUAUACAAAGAAGAAUUUGGCAAUUGCACAUCAUCACAAGAACAUGCACUCAAAGGAGCAAACAAUAACUCAUCAUCUUCAGAAGAUAAAGAGAAAGAAUUGGAAUUGGGUCAAGAUUUAAGUCAAAAUCCUGACUUUUUCAGUGAGAUAGAAGUCAACAGGUCUCCAACACAUAGGCAUACAGAUAUGUCAGACCAAUAUAGGUUUGGUGAAGAACCCCAAUUGUUAUCUGAUUUUUUGGUAUAAUAAAACUUUUUAGUGUAAGCAAAGAAGUGUACACAACACACAUACACUGAUCUUGAUUUGAUGUAAAUAUGAAAGCAUAUAUAGUUGGUAUUUUGUUUAGAUUUAUAGAAUAAUUUUUAAAGACCAGUCUGUAAGUAAUUAAAGAUGUCAAUUUAUUUGAUAUUGGUUCAAAAUAGAUGUGACAUCAAUGUACCAUUUCUUAUGUAAUAAAACAACAAUUUCUUAA